AUGCCGUUGUCGCGCGGAUGUGCGAGUGAUCUUUCUGCCUCCCACGCCCUCCCCACGACUCCCCACUAUUCCUCCCCGUGCCCUCCUGCGCUCUGCGCCUUAUAUAGGAGUGAUGGCGAUUACACGCUCACUCCCCGACACCAUGUCCUCCAGCACGUCACGAAGCUCCCCCCUCACGGCCGUCCAGCUCCACGUGGUCGUGCUCAUCGUAAGCUGUCUCGUGGGCUGUGCUGCCGGAUCCUGCCUGAGCUAUGGACACUCCUGCUGGGGAGCACACGGCAAGCGAAACGGAGGAGCAAGAGGUGGUGGCGACACACAGUGGUUUAUAUCGAGACUAGCGCCAGUGUCGUCUCGGGCUCACCAGCAGUCAGACCCUCUGCAGCACCAGUGGUUAUCCAAGUCGCCCACGGACGUAUCCGAGGACCAAAGGAGGGUGAGUUUGGCCGAAGCUUCCAUGAUCCUUCCAGAGGAUCAGGACGUUUCUGACGAUGUUGUAGCGGCAGACGACAAGGAAGUUAUUAUUAUGGAACAGCCUCCUCGACUCUACAAAAUUUUGAACCGUUUACCCAGCAAACUGGAGUUCAAAACACCGGAGAGUAAAUAAUCCUGGGAGAGAAAUGGAGAUGGUGAACUAAAAACAGCUAAUUGAAAACUUCAAUCACCUGUUUAUCUACCCUCUUGUUGUGUUGUAAAUGUUACAUCUGUCUCACUUCUUAGCUGUGCUGCCUCAGAAAUAAAUGUUCAGCAUUACUGUCUUUUCAAA